CAGUUGUUCAAACUAGUGCCCUUGAAGGGUACCAUAGUGUUGUAAAUCAAUUUGCACCUAAAAUGCUGGCAUAUUCAUACCACGGCAUGUUUUGCAGAACCAUCCUUGCUGCCCUUCAUUUUAAUGAAAAUAUCCAACGUCAUGCAAAACUUGACAUAAAUGGUCAGCCUAAACUGUCAGUAACAUAUCCAAAGUUUAAGGAUGGAGAUGCCACCGUAAGGGAAGUUAAAGUACCUCAAACAUAUGAUUAUGUGUCCAAAAUCUAUGAGGUUAUGAUAACUACACCAAGAUCUGAGCUAAAAGAGUUAGCCAAUGAGCUUAAACUAAACACUCCAGCAGCAAUGCACACUAAAUUCACUGAAAAAGAAAAUUMACAAGAAGCAAAGCAAAAACACAGGCGAAGAAAGGCUAUGGCAACAAAACUUGUCCCUGCAACAUGCUCAGAAGAAGAAUAUCAAGCUGCUUUGAACAAACAAACAGCUAAAAAGACAAGAAAGCCACCUGAAUGUAGAAAAUGCCAUGAGCCACUUAAAGGUCACCCAAAAGGCAGAUACAAUAGAAAGGAAGACCUAUAA